CGACGGGACGGGCGUUCAAAUGGCGGGCGGGCGGCCGGCGGGCUCCGCUAUAGAGAUGGAGGGCGCGAUGCGGACGCUGCCCAGCAGCGGGCGGCCAUCCGGCACCGGGCGGCUGUCCCGAGGUCCGCUGUUCGGGCGGAAUUACGGGCUGAGUCCCGGCAGCCGCCUGCUGCCGCCGCGUUGUCAGGAGGACGCGGAUCCGCAGAAGACGGCGUUCCUGCUGCGCAAGCAGUGGACCCUGUACAGCGUCAGCCCUCUGUACAAGUUCUCCAGCGCCGACCUGAAGGACUACGCCCGCAUGCUGGGCGUUUUCAUCGCCGCCGAGAAGCAGAAGGGGCUGGCAGUGGAUGUGGACGGAGAGCUGGGGGUCAGGGUGGCCAUGUCCGGCCUGCCCGAGCUGAGGGGCAGCGAGCAGGACCCCGCCGCCGUGCUGGUGCAGCUUUCCUUGAGAUCAUCACUUUCCCCAAAAAACUCAGAAGAGAAGCUGAUAUGGUCAGGAUGGUUCUGCUGUGUGGCUGGAGAUGAUCUCUUAGAGAAUUUGCCUGAGAAUUUCACUUGUUUACCUUUGUUCCUCGUUAACGGGGCGGAGAGUUACACAGCCAUUGUUGGAAGUUGGUUUCAGAAGACUUUUGACUGCUGUUUCCGUCGUUUAGCCAUCAGCCCUCUCAAUCUCACUUGGAUGGCAGCUAUGUGGACUGGAUGCAAAGUGGACAAAAACACAGCUGCCAUGGAACUGCUUUUCUCUGUUCCUCACCUGCCUCAGCCUCUGGAUAUUUCAUAUGCCAUUCACCCUGAGGAUGUAAAAGCUCUGUGGGAUACAGUCCAAAAAACUCCAGGAGAGAUCACUCAGGAAGAGGUGGAUGUCUUUAUGGAAUGCCUUUAUUCCCACUUCCACAGACACUUUAAGAUCCACUUGUCAGCUACAAAACUGGUGAAAGUUUCUACAGGAAUUGCCUCAGCACACUGCGAUGGGAUCAUAAAAUUUCUACAAAGCCAAUACCUGAUUGGAGUGCUGAUGCUACUGACAGAAUUAGCAAUCUCUCAGAUACAGUGAGACUCAACUCAGCGUAUCUUUGUGCCUAGAGAGGCUUACUGAUGGAAGCUGAUAAACCUACUGAAAAUUCA